AGAGAGAGAGAUAGUGAGGGAGAGAGAGAGAGGUUUUUAAACGGGUGCGAGUCCGUGCGUUCCUGUCAGUGCACAGGGCUGACACGCAAAACAGUUGGAAGCGUGCGCUUCAGUCAGUCUUGUGCAAAGUGGAACUACCUUAACACCGUUUGAAAAAGGAUUUUUUAAAUGAUUAUUGUUGUUAUUUUUAGACAUAUUUGCUCUAAAUCAGUCUAUCGCCAACUGUAAGGAUAUUUUUCGAGGUGGAUGGUUUACAUUGUUUCUUUAAGGACCGACCAAUGGAUCUCCAGUAUUCAUACGCUUUUAUUGAAAGCUGGGAGUAAAAUUAGCAGGUGAUUUCCAUAGGUGUUGUGACGCGCUGGACAUGGGACCCUGUUGCGGGAUUGAGGGAUACUGUACGGGAGGAACUGUGUCUCCCUGAAGGAAAGCUGGUUUUGUUGGUGACUGGAGCCGAGAAGAUGCGCGCUGGGAAGAUGUGUACCAAACACGGCUUCAUCUUGCUUCUUCUCAAUGGGACAGCGUGUUUGCUGGCUUUGGGACAGGAAGACCAGUCCUCCAGCCACAAGGGGGGCGCCGGCGAGCAGCCCAAGCCGGUGGGCGUCCUGGACGGGCAGGGCCUGUCGCCCCUGGGCCGCUGGAUGCUGCAGACCAGGAGCCGGGCGGCCAACGCCACGGGGCUGGAGCUGCCGUACCGCGCCCCCGCCGCCCCCCUGCCCCUCUCCAAGCAGGACUUCUGGGACAUCCUGGGGAGCGACUCGCGGCCGGACGCCGGCGGCGGCGGCGGCGGCGGGUCGCGGGCCAAGCGCCACCCCAUCGUCAAGACCGGCAAGUUCAAGAAGAUGUUCGGCUGGGGCGACUUCUACUCCAACAUCAAGACGGUGCGGCUCAACCUGCUGAUCACCGGCAAGAUCGUGGACCACGGCAACGGCACCUUCAGCGUGUACUUCCGCCACAACUCCACGGGCCAGGGGAACAUCUCCGUCAGCCUGGUGCCGCCCGUCAAGGCGGUGGAGUUCGACCUGGAGCGCCAGAGCGUGGUCUACCCCAAGGACUCCAAGAUCUUCAACUGCCGCGUGGACUACGAGAAGGUGGACCGCAACAAGAAGACCUCGCUGUGCAACUACGACCCGUCCAAGACCUGCUUCCAGGAGCAGACCCAGAGCCACGUCUCCUGGAUCUGUUCGAAACCCUUCAAGGUCAUCUGCAUCUACAUCUCCUUCUACAGCACGGACUACCGCCUGGUCCAGAAGGUCUGCCCCGACUACAACUACCACAACGAGAUGCCCUACCUGCCCUCGGGGUAGGGGCGGAG